AUGCAAACUGCCUGCGGCAGCGAUGGCAGCGGCCUACGGGCCGACACGAAAGCGGCUGUUGACCGAUAUGUCCGCUGGUGGGGCGCCCUAGGAAAGGGCCAGUUCUACUGCUGCGACGAGGAUCACUCCAAGGUCCUCCGCGCCACGCACAAAGGUGGCCUCGGGGCGGCCAAGGGGGGGCAGAACAUCCAAGAGGGGGCUGACGUCAAGGCGCACCGGCAGGUGACGGACCAUCUCCGACACCAGCACGACGUGCACGUCCAGCCGGACGAGGUUGGCCCCUUAGCGGCCUACCUGGCCGCGGAGGUGGCACAGGUCCCGGUAGAGGACUUGGAUGGUCGCGCGCUUGAGGGGCUUCCCGGCCUCGACGUCUCCCUUGGCCGGCCGCGGAUGGAUCUCCGGUCCACGAGAGGCAAGAGGCAGCCGACGGCGGCCGUUGUGCAGCGGUGUUUCUGCCUCUUGUGCUACCCGGACGAGAGCCUGUGGGCGUGGAAGGACGGCAUGUCGGGUGAAGAAAUGCAGGCCCACCUAGCGGCCAGCCACCCUCGGUGUGAGGGCGCCAAGUACCGAACAAUCCACCUGCAAAAGGUCCUCGAGUCGACAAGGGUUGGCGGUUCCAACCUUCCGAGCAAGUUCGUCAGGGUCGACGCACCGGAGACGGUGGAUCCGCCGGCGGCCGAGCCGGCGACAGAGGGGGCGGGCCAACAAGGGGCGGCGGCGGCAGCGGCAGAUGAAGAGGCUGCGUGGAGGGCGCUGAGGGACCGUUGCCGCGUCGUGCAACCGACAGUGGUCUUCGGCGACACGGCGGCUGCAGUUGACGUCCCCUACCGAUUCGCCACGCUUCUUGGCAUGGACACGCACUUCUUGAACGGAGUCGACCUGGCGGCUUUCCAGAAGCUCAAGGCGAGGAGGGAAAUGCCUGGCGACCACGCGGUGGUCGCGCUGUUCCUCGCGAACUUCGACGUCCUUGGGGCUGCCUACUUCAGGGGCAUUGCCCUCCUCCACCAGGACCACAAACGCGACAUGGGCAAGAUUGCCGGACGCAGCUCCGGGGGCGCCGCGAAGGCCAAGGGGGCGUUCCCCAUGCAGGACAGCACCAUCGUGUCGUAUCUCGAGAACUGGCGCGAGGUUCUUGUCUACCUCCUCCGGCGAUUCCUCAUCCACACCCGCAAGAUGACAUACGACGCCGGCCACCUGCCUCGAAUCGACUGGUCGACGCAGGAGACGCAGCUGCCGUUGGAGAUAUCGACGACGAUUAUGCCAACCGUCUUCCCGCGGCGAUCGGUGCUCGACGCCUUCAUUGACCUGGUCUGUUUUGCGGAGGCGAGGCUGGAGACGCCGGCUGCCGACGCCGGCGCGGCAGGCUGGCUAGACAAACUGCUGACUGUCAGUCUUGCCCUUUCCGAGGACAUUGUUGCAGGCGACAAGUUCGCCUGCGCGCUAGUGGGUGCCACCGCGGCGUCGUGCACGCGGGCCGACGGCGUCAAACACCCAACGGUUGCUAGUAAGGGCAUCUCGGGCAUCAUUGCCUGCGUCAAGGCGACGUUUGUUGCCUGGAGCCACAGGGAAUCGGCGCUGUGGAGCACCGGGGCCGACUGGGACUUUGCCUACACCAUGUUUGCACGGCCCUACUUCGCCUACUUCAGCACCCGCCCGGGCGCGCUGACGAGCCGGCCGGGUUCCUACGUCCCGAUCACGGCGCUCGCUUGCCUGUAUGAGUGCCGCAACGUCGGCAUCGAGGAGAGCUUCAACACGGCCGGACUGACGACGACUGCGUUGCGGGACGGCGGCCAGACGGCCAUCCACGGCGCCAACAGCGAGCUGAACAUCCACGACUUCCGGGCCGCCAACGGGCAGCAGAUCGCGCGCCUGCACCGGUGCCUCGUCGACCUGCUGCUGCUGGACGCGGCCGGGCUCCCCGAGCAGGCCUCGGUGCCUGCGAUGCAGGCCUUUAUCGACAACGACGUCCCGUUCCCCGACAUUACCGACGACUGGACGGACCGGGAGUCCGGCACCUCGGCCUACACCCAGACCUUUGGCAAGGACGGACCGCCUCUGCUGUUGGACCGGGUAUGGGACGGGGACCGGAGGCGCGCGUGGACGACGCCCGACCGGGUCUCGGGCGGCGUGCGCUUCCGGCAGGACGCUACCGCGGCCUAUUUCCGCCAGGUGCACGCCUUCCUCGGCGACCUCCUCGUCACGGCGUUCCUUCUGGCCGGCGUCCAGAGCCGCGGGACGGAGUUUCUGACCAUGCGCCACACGAACACGCCGCAGCACGGGCAGCGGAACCUCUUCUGGUUCGGCAACAUGUGCCAGUGGGGUGCCGAGAUCCGGUACCAUAAGGGCGAUAACGACACGGAGGCCGGCGACUCCGCGUGGCAUUUCUUCCCUCCUCACCUCUCCUACGUUAUAUCAUACUACCUUCUAUAUGUGCAGCCCUUCACGCAGGUCCUCAUCCAGGAGAUGGCGGGCGGCGCAACCGUCGACCACAGCCCGUUUCUGUGUGGCACGGCGCCGGACGCCCAGAGGUCGAGAGUGUUGGCCGGAGAGAUCCGGCGCAUGAUGGACCGCGUGCCGCCGUCCGACUUGAUGCAGGCGCUGGCUGGCUGCUCCGGGGCGGCCAGGGCGGCGGUGGCACAAGAGGAGAUGGGCGACGACUACGCGGACGACGACGGCGACGAGAGCCGCCUGGACGGGGAGUACGCCUACGACAAGGCCGAUCCGUCCAACGCCCGGCUGGGGCAUUGCUGGCCACGACGGCCAGGCGGGGAAGACGACGGCGACAUGCUUGGCCAGCUCGAGACGCUGUGCCGGACGCUUCGUGGGCUGGCUAGGGACAGCGCGAUGGCCGACGCUGUGGACGCCGGCGAUGGCGGGUCUCUGGCCGGCAUCACGAUCGGUUCCGGUACCGGGCUGGUGACGUCGCUGUGGGAGACGGCGGCGCCCCAGCAGGUCCCGCCCCGCCGGGCGUCGGCUGGGCCUUCCGACUUUUCGCCCGGGUUCUGGAACAACCGCAAGUUCUACAUCGAGCUGGCCCGCUUCUUCGAGCGCCGGCUGGGGACGAAGAUUGGCAUUGCGAGCCUGCGACAUAUCAUGGAGAUAUGGGCCCGCCACCUGACCGAGGGCCUACGGGAGGACGCGGCCAGCCUGUCGACGGUGCAGGGCAUGACUGACUGCCUGCUGGGAGCCAUGCACGAGCAGGCCGGCCACAGCGACCGGACGGCGGCGAUUAAGUAUGCCCUGAGCCAACCUUUUCUACACUGGGGCCGCGGCCGGGAGAAGAUUGGCAGGCACGCCAGGGCUUCCAUGGUCAUGCAUGCCUUCCUGCUGAGCGACGACAUGGUCGGGCGGCCUAUGACGCCGACCCUGCUGACGAGGCUCUCGGAGUCCCCUAACGACCUUGGGGCUGAGGCGGAUGCUGGGCGGCUAAGGGCGCUGUUGACGAGCCGGGAUGCGGUUGUGCAGAUGAACCGGCUCUGCGCCGGCGACAGGGCUGUCAAUGACCAGCCCCUGGCGUUUCUCCAGGCCUGCUGCGGUGAAGCGACCCUGCUGCCGGCCCCCCACAAUGCCAGCCUUGACCCGCCCGAUGGCCGGGGCCCGCAGCGGCACGUGGACGCCGUCUUCCGAGCCUCGGUGGAGAGGAGCAACCUGUCCUACCGGGUGAGGACCUACCGCGCCCUGCAUGACCUGGUUGACAGCCUGGCAUGCGAGAUCACUACCCGAAACACAGUGACAGGCCACCUGCCACAGCCGCCUAAGACGAUUGUGCUGCUGUUUAUGGACGUAGCCAGCGCGACGGUGGUGGCUGACGGCCUCGGCUGCGUGCUGGUGUGCGCCGCCCAUCACUACAAGGGCGACCGGCGUCGGCAAGACGCGGUCCGCCAGGCCCUGCAGGAGUACGAGGAUGCGCCAGAUGCCUACGCGACCGCGACUGCGACGGCGCCGGCAGGCAGGGUGGCGCCGGAGAUGGCGGCAGCGUGGCGGCUUGAGGACGUGCCAUGCCUUGUUGGGACGAGUGUGAUUGGCGAGUUGCAGGACGUCGGCGCCGACGCCGUCAUCUGCGUGCAGGGCUUCCCCAUUGGCGCGACGACGCUUGACCAGGGCUUUGGCCGUGGCGCAAGGGACGGGAGGCCCGGCACGGCGACAUGCUUCUAUAAGCAGGGCGAUGCCGAUGACGCAUUGAUUGCCCCAGCGCGCCACGCCGGUGCGGACGUCACAGCUGACGAGGUAGGCAUGGCGGAGACCCGGGAGAGUAAGGCAGUAGUGGCCCAGUUCCUGUCGACGUCGCAGUGUCGAAGGGUGCCGCUGGCGACAUACUUCAACUGGGCCAGCCGUCGCACGAGGUGCGACAGCCUGACGGGUGACCUGCUGUGCGAUCUCUGCGAGGACAGGAAAAACGACAGAGCUGCAGCAGACACCACUGACGCAGAAGGAGCAGGGCGUGCAACGCCUGCCCGGCCCACUGUCCACCGGGCGCCGCCAACUCUGCCUGCCGACCCCGCCGGGCCAAGACGGAAACUGCUGGCUGGGUGGCAGCAGACGGGCGGUGGGGCCGACCGGCGAAAACGCGUGAGACGGCUGGACAGAGAUGACGCAGCAGCGCGGCCCAAGAAGGCGCCGCCGCAGACCAUGACGCCCUCACAGGAGGCACACCGCCAUCAUCGGCUACCAGGAGACGAGACUUCAGCCAGAGGACCUCGCAGCCACACCCUUGCACCGGCGUCGUCUCGAGCGAGAGCACUACUCUACAGGUAG